AUGGCUGAUUUAUUGCCUCAAUGUCUUAUUCAUAAAAUACUGUGUCUGCAUAGUUUUAAGAGAGCAGCCCAGUUGAGUAUUCUUUCUAAAACAUGGCUGCAAGCGUGGUUGACUAUUCCCAACUUGAGUUAUUCACUUGGUUAUCUCGAGCACAAUAUGAAAAAAGUAAUGGAUAAUAUCAUGGAGAGAUAUCGAGAUGGAAAAAUCCCUAUUGAAAAGUUAGAUUUAUCAUACUCUGUUUAUUCUAAUGAAGUUUUCCCUCUGUUUAACAAGUGGCUUGAUAUUGCACUUCAGAAUGGUGUAAAAGAUCUUGUCUUUCGAGUUCCUAGCCACCUUACGUCAUACCCAUUGCCUAUGCUAACAAUCUUGGCAACAAAAUCUUUAAGAGAAUUAGUAUUAACAGGUUGUGAUUUGUACUGUGUUUCAUUAUCUAGUGGUGUGGUGAAUUGCUAUUCGUUGAGAAAGCUUUCUCUAACUCAGAUUGAGCUACUGAAUAAUCUUCCAAAGAUCAAGUCGGUUUUUAUUCGGAAAUCUGGCACACAGCUUGUUAAAAUUCAAGCACCAUCUCUUGAACAUUUAUCUUAUUUUACUGGUGGGGAAGAGUUUGCUAUGUUCGAUAUUGAUGCUCCAAAUUUGGUGUCAUUGGAGUAUAAGGGAUUUAAAUUUCCUGCAACUUUUAUGGAUGCUAAUUUGCAAUGGAGUUGUUAUCCUACGAGAUUCGUCCUUGAUUCAACUAGCGAAACAAUUGCAAGUUUCAUGGACGUUUUAAUGCAUAUGAUGAGCUCGAGUCAUUCUACUUCUCAUGGAAGCAACAAGCCUUUGCAUCGUCAAUUAAAAGAAGUUAAAGCCGAUAAAUAUGAUUGGGAAAACCAGAGAUGGCAUUGUGAUCCUGUGGAACUUGGAAGUGAAAGGAUGGCAAUAAGGGACCUUAAGGAUAAGUUUUGCUUUUUAUUAUAUUGGUCAUGCAAUUAA